AUGACGACCCCGGCCACGCGCAACCCGCCCAUCGUCCGCAACCGCCUGCCUUCGCUCGCCGAGGUUCUUCGUCGCAGUACCCGCCCGCCCGUCGACCUGUACUGCUUCUACCUCUUCCUCCAGCGCGAAGGAUCCGAGGACACGCUCGAUUUCUGGCUCGACGUGCAGCAGCACGAGAACCUUUGCCGCGCCUACUUCAAAGACCUCCGCAAGUCCGGCAUCGCCAUUCGCGACGACUGGCCGCAGUACGAGCGGUAUGCACGCACGCGAGGGAGCAUCUACGGGCCUAUCACGGGCAUCAAACGUGGCGAGCCUUCGGACGAUGAUUUUGAGCGAUACCAGCAGCCGAGCUCGCCUGCUUCGACCGGCGAGGACGGCGAGAAGAGUCACAGUCCGUACCUAGGUGUCACGGACGACGAGAAGGACGCGGCGAGGUAUCAGAUGCGCACGCCUUCGCCCAACCCCGCUGCAGGCGCUGCGCCGACCUACCCUCUCUCACCGACUCUGCGCGCCCUCUAUCCCGACGACGACCGCUCUUCUGCCGAAGACGAAGGUGACGGCUCGGUUCGGCGACGGAAGCACAAGCGCCACUCGACGGUCCAGAGUCGCGUCCAGCCCAUCAUCGCUCGCAACAGCGCCAUCUCCCGCACCGACUUGAUCGCCUCUGCCGAACGCAUUUACUCGCGCUACCUCAUGCCCGGGGCCGACAAAGAGGUCUACCUCCCUCCCCAGCUCCGCAUCACCUCGUUCCCUCUUUCCUCCUCGACUCUCCCAGCCGUCACCCAUCCCGACUACGACCAACAAUCCGCCGCGCAAGCUCGCAUUCCCGACAUGUUCCACGCGCAGAAGGAAUACGUCUACCGCGCGAUGGAGGUCGAUUCGUUCCCGCGCUUCCUAAGGGCAAAGGCGUUUGGGAACUUGACGCCAAUCUCGGCGCUCGUCAGGCUCGCGAUCGGGCUUGUCGCGUUGUGGGCGGGAUUGGCAACCGCUUUCGCAUUCAUCUUCCUCGACGCCAAGCCGAAGGUUCGCAGGUUGUGGAUCAUCCUCCCGUUCACGUUCGCCAUCGUCAACCUCGUCGCGCACUCGUACGACCUCGACCCGCUGCUCGUCUUCAUGGGUCUGUCCGAAACCACCCCCUUCCGCACCAUCUCGAUCCGCGAGCCUUACGUCCGCAAACUCCUCUUCGGCCGCGCGCUCUGGGUUACCUUCCUCUCGGCAGUCAUCGUCGCGGUCUUGACCGUCAUCUUCUGGGCGGUCCCUGGGCACAGGCUGUGA